AUGGUCGCCGAGGCGCCAGCGAGCUACAGCCCAAUCCCAAGAAGAGAUGAGGAGAACGGAGCAAACGAUGGACGAGGAGAAGCCCAUGAAGAAGUUCAGAAUGAUGUUCAGAAUUCAGCUCACGAUGCAGAAACAACAAAUGUGCCUAUCAUCGAGAUAUCUCCGCCUCCUUCGCCGCCCUCGCCUCCCACAAGGGUCAAUACUGACAACUCUGACAAUGUCUCGGUUGCACAAACUCUUUCCCGCACAAGACCCGUGGAGCAACCACCCAACAACAAAAGAUACUCAAACUUGAGCGUGUGGAAGGAACGCAUAUACAAUUCCGUUACCCCUUCGCUUCAUGAAAUCUUGGAAUUGAAGUAUCCCGACCAUAGUACGUCGAGAGAGUAUAGACAUCACAAACAACGAAAUCGGCUUUUGCGACUGACUAUUGGCGAAUGGAUCAACACCUUGGCCCUUUGUGUGGUGUACUUCUCGAUCCUCUAUGCAUAUUCCAAGAAGGACACCAUCAACGUGCCUCAACGCAGGGUUUUCAAUGCGCUCACAACGGGGGUCUCUCUGCUUCUCGGGGUGAACUUGGCGGCGUCACUGCGAAGCUACGCGAAACUUCUCCGUUGGCGAAUGUUGGCGGCGUGUUAUCGGCCGCUUGAGACCUUCGAUCUCGUCAUGGGUUGCGAUAGCCUCUUGAACGUCAUCAAGCUUCUCUGGAAGGCGCGGAAUCAGAAACGCAAGUUUUUGCCGUCCAGGACGCAGAUUCUUUGUGUUUUGUGGCUUCUCGUCCACUUGGCUGUCACCGUACUGGUCGGCAUCAUCGGUCUGAAUUACAAUAUGGACACGUCCGCCGAUUACGUCCUCACACAGACAGGGAGCACCAGCAUAGUGGAUUUGAAUUCACUGUCGACUGGCGAUUAUUCGGCUGACCUGGCGGCAGUUCAACAAUGGGGGAUUCGAGGAGAAGUCACCACUCCACUGGACCAGGGCUAUGAUGUGGAGGAGCAACAGGGCUAUUACUCGUCUUUUCAAGGGUAUACGCGCUACUACUUCCAGGAUCAGAACGCAGAUGACCCAAAUAGAGUGAUUAUUUCUUCUCGAUAUAUUGAGUCCCUGGCUUCCUGCCAAGACUAUACCGUCAGUAGAGGGCAGUAUGGCAAUCUCUCAUACAUCAUCUACAACAACGGCAAGAAAGACGUCAACCAGUCACUCCCCGCAACUCCAGGGCCGGGAGGGCUUUUAUUCAUCUCAAAGCUGAACUCGACCUGCGGUGAUCGGUGCGUUGAGAUCCACACUUUUCAAGCUGCUCCAAAUCCCGAUAGCAAUGACAACGGCGACGACGACGACGACGGCGGAGUCGGGACAUACUUUAUCUGCAACAAUACGGUGCCUCAAGUCCAGGACGACCACAAUGAGCUCACUAGCGAAUAUCUCACGGAAGAUGUGGUUGGAAGGAUGCUCGCCGGGGCAAUUGGAUGGAGUGACAACCCUCCGACGGCCGAUGGCAAGGAAGAAUACGCGGUCUACACGAACUCGUCCGAGAUGAGCUUUCCGGAGGCACUUGGUCCGUGGGACGUUGCCGACCUGAUCUCGUCGUUUACGAUGGGCGCCAUUUCUUUCAUGGACAACUCUCCGGCCAUGUACAGGAAGACGGUCAUCAGCAAGGAGCAGCCGAUUGCGGCUCAAGUCCUCAACGUGACGUGGAGGUACGCGGGCGCUAUCCUGGCAGUCAUCCCAUUCAUCCACUUUUGCACGCUGGUGGCCGUCAUCCUCUGGGCGAACAAGGCGAUCAUCAAGGACGACAGCCAUCUCGCCAUCGCCAAGGCUUAUCACACGCUUCUGAGAGAGUUGGGCGACCGCGGGUGUCUGCUGCGCGGUGAUGAGAUCGUUUCGGUCCUGGGGAACCCACCCGUUGCAUAUGGAUGGCAGGCGAGCGGUGAAUAUGAUAGGGCAAUGCAUGUUGAUGUCUUUCACAACUUGACAACAAGGACGGAGAAGCCGUUCGCAGAAGGGUGGUAUGACGGGAACGGCUAUACAAAUGGUAUCACCACAGGUACUGUGAACAACACCGGGCUGACGGGCAGAGUCCGGAGGCGCUACCGAGACGUUGACGCAGCAGAUUAUUUCUGA